AUGCCUCGUUUGCAUAAGCUGCCUAUAAAUAAAACAGAUAAAGGCUCUAAGAAAGCAGUGACCAAGACACAGAAGAAGGAUGGGAAGAAGCGUAGGAAGAGCAGGAAGGAGAGUUACGCCAUUUACGUCUACAAGGUGCUGAAGCAGGUGCACCCUGACACCGGCAUCUCCUCCAAGGCUAUGGGCAUCAUGAACUCCUUUGCCAAUGACAUCUUUGAGCGCAUUGCCGGAGAAGCUUCCCGCCUGGCUCACUACAACAAGCGCUCCACCAUCACCUCCCGAGAGAUCCAGACUGCCGUACGCCUGCUGCUGCCGGGAGAGCUGGCCAAGCACGCCGUGUCCGAGGGCACCAAGGCUGUUACCAAGUACACCAGCGCCAAGUAAUCUCCCCCUCCUCUAA